AUGUUAUAUUAACUUCAUAUUGUGGACAUAGAAGGGUUUGAGAAUAAAUGGUAUUACAAGUUAAGAAUUACAAACAAUUACAAUAGUUGUUAUCGUGAUGUGCAUGUAAGAUUUUAUGAUUUGAAUUACCUGCAAAAGAAGAUUAUGCAUGACUAUUUAAAGUUACCAUAAUUUCCAGAGAAAUCACUAUUCGUUUCAUGGUUUUAGAUUAAUGAAAGCAGAGAAGAACUAUUGGAAAACAAAGAGCCUGUGUAAAAGUAUUUAUCAGGGAUCAACAAGAAUCCACCUUUUAAAUAUGAUGCAAUUUAUAUAUUUGUGUAAAGUACUUAUGAUCCGAAAAGGACUCGAUAACUAAGAUUCUUGGCAAUAAAUAAAGAUGCAUUUUAUUCAACGAAUAUAAAAAAUUAAGUUAUAAAGAAGGGUAAAUUCAAUAAGGUAUUUCUUGUAAAGGGUGUAUCAUAAGACAGAGUUAUACAUUAGUUUUUGAUGCCUUCCAACGAUGCAGCUAAAAAAGAAUAUGAAAAUUACAAAAGGGCAUAAUUAUUAAUAACUGAUUAAAAUUACAUGGUGAAAUGCCAUGAGAUGGGACAAAUAAUAAAAAAGAAACCAUUAUUUUUGCGGAAAUAAAAAAAAACUAUUUACAAUGAAUUGGAAAUUGGAUUAGACUCAGCUUAUGACAUAUAUUAUGCAAUUGAAGAUUAUGCAUAGUAACCAAUGAAUAAGUUAAUUUAAGAAAGAUAAUAGAAAUAAGAUCAUUUUAAAUUAGAAACAAUAUCAGAGGCUCUAAUUACUUUGAUACAAGUAGCUUAAUAUUUGCAAUUUUUACAAGUCUUUUAAAAGUAGUUUUCUGUAACCAACCUCUAUUAUGAUGAAAAGGUAGGAUUUAAAAUUGGAGGGUUGUCACCUCUAUAUAUCUACAAAAAGAAAUAUCGGUUAAAGAAUGAAAUUAAUCCUAACGCAUACAAGGCUUUGAAUCCACCAGAAUUACGUGGCUCAGCGGGUGGAUACAGUAUUAAAAAUAAUUUGAAUUCUUAUAUUAAGACUGACGUUUGGCAAAUUGGCAUUGUGAUACUCUCUAUGGCAUCCCUCACAUUGCCGACAGGUUUAACUUAGAGCGAAGAAAUAGAUAAUAAAAUAAAAUAAGUGCAAUCAAAAUAUGGGGAAAAAUUAGCAUUUUUACUUAAGAAUAUGCUGUAACGAAAUCAGAAUGAUCGGUUUUCAAUUGAUGAUAUAAUUAUACCUGCUCAACAAUUGAUGCCCAUGAAUCAAUUAUAAUUGAAGUCAAUCAGAUAAAUAGAAAGAAUUUAAAUUCACUCCAUAUCUUAACAGUAAUUAGAGGACAUGGACAAAUAGUUCAAGGAGAAAAGUUCAGAAAAGAAAUACAUAGUACAUUUGACUAUUGAGAACCAGAUUGUGCAACAGAUGUUUCUAUUUAAUUUGGAACGAAUCAAAAGAGAAUUUGUUAUACAAUUACACAUUAAUGUAUCUCCUUAAACUAUACCAGAUGAUUUAAUUCACAAGAUAAUGUAAAGUUUAGCUGACUACUAGCAUUUAUAUUUAUUGGUAUUCAAUCUCAAGAAAUGUACUAUAUCUGAUGAAGCCUAAAAGAAUAUCAUUAUUUCGGCCUAAUCAAUUUAAAAGCUAAAACAAUUGACUCUGGAUAUCAGUGGAAAUUAAUCUAUUCCUAUACCAUAAUCCAAAAUUAAAGUGGUUGUAUAUAACCAAUGAAAAUAUAGAGAUAUAUUAUAUAAAAUUAAGAUAUUAAAUUAA